CUUGGUCCUUGCUGGUCUAUGACUAUCAAUUUAUAGCAUUUUCAGCAUGAAAAUGAGUAUGGAAAAUCGUGUAACGAUCUAAAGGCCAUUAAAUAUCCGUCUUUUCAUUCUGUAGUGACUAAAAACAAUAAUUAUUUGCUUGUCCUAUAAACUAGAAUGAGUGUUAUCAUUGUUCAAUGUGAAUAAAGUUUAAAGUACAAAUUUAAUGUGACUAAUCGUUUACAAAACUUAGUUCCAAUCGCGUUAAUCGUUCUUUAGAUUAAUCGAAGCUUAUCAAACAGUGUUCGUUCGCUUCGUGCUUGUGGCACAUAUUCUACGAUGGGCAACAAAUCGUCUUUGAUGUUGAGAGUAGAAGAAAUAGCUCAAAUUCAAGAGGAAACGGGAUUCACUCCAAACCAAAUUGAGCGUCUAUACUCAAGAUUUACAUCCCUGGACAAAAAUGACUGUGGUACAUUGUCUCGAGAAGACUUUCUCCGCAUUCCCGAACUGGCCAUCAACCCCCUCAGUGAGCGCAUCGUGCACUCCUUCUUUGCUGAGAGCCACGAUGACCGAGUCAACUUCCUGCAAUUCAUGAGAGUGCUGGCUCACUUCAGGCCUAUUAGGAAGAACAGGGAGAAUAAAUUGAAUAGUCGGGAGGAAAAACUAAGAUUUGCCUUCUCGAUGUAUGAUCUGGACAAUGACGGAAAGAUCUCCAGAGAUGAGCUGCUGGCUAUCCUGCACAUGAUGGUCGGAGUUAACAUCAGCGAAGAGCAGUUGACCAGCAUCGCGGAGCGCACAAUCCUCGAGGCUGACACCAACAACGACCAGAUGAUCUCCUUCGAGGAGUUCUGCCACGCGCUGGACCGCACCGACGUCGAGCAGAAGAUGUCCAUCCGCUUCCUCAACUGACCGCCUGGCCCGACUGACUGUCUCCAUUACGGUCAAGUGUAACACGUUUUUACUAUCAACGUCAAAGACAACUAUUGUAGACGCAUGGUUCAUGUUUGUCCUAGAUUAUUAUGCCCUAUCCUCGUAAAGCUCGCGGUCCUUACCCUAUCCUCCUGAGACCCACAAGCAAUUGUUUUGUUUUUGAAAUUGGAACCCUUAGUUACACAAUAAAAGUUCAAAAUAGAUUUUGAAAAUGUAGGGAUUUAGGAGGCUAUAGACUGUGCUCUCUAGUACUUAUUAAGUUCGAUGAAAUUUUAUUCAUUUACUAUAGGAGUAGAGUUGCAUUUUUAUUGCUUCGUUCAAUUUUGAAACUAAGCAAAAAUCACCUCAAAUUCCUACAAUAUAGGUUCGAUUUUCACUAGCCAAUUUUCAUUUUUAGGGUUCCGUACCCAAAGGGUAAAACGGGACCCUAUUACUAAGACUUCGCCGUCCGUCCGUCCGUCCGUCUGUCACCAGGCUGUAUCUCACGAACCGUGAUAGCUAGACAGUUGAAAUUUUCACAGAUGAUGUAUUUCUGUUGCCGCUAUAACAACAAAUACUAAAAACAGAAUAAAAUAAAGAUUUAAAUGGGGCUCCCAUACAACAAACGUGAUUCUUGACCAAAGUUAAGCAACGUCGGGAGUGGUCAGUACUUGGAUGGGUGACCUUUUUUUUUGCUUUUUUUUUUAAUUAUGGUACGAAACCCUUCGUGCGCGAGUCCGACUCGCACUUGCCCGGUUUUUUUCUUGUAUGACUAGGCCUUAGGACGCUAUAAUAACCGAGGUACUCAUUGUGUAUUUGUACCAAAAUCAACACAGUUAACUUUCCAUUCAUAAAAAUCAUAAACCUUUGUAAGUUUGUAGUACAUCAUCAAAGUAUUCUUCAUGCUUUGAAAGUACUUGCAAGAACAACUCUAUCUUGGAGCAUUGAUGUUAGGCGCAUGAUCAUCCACUUUUGUCUAGCAAAUUAUUGUGUUGCGUUAAAAACACUUGACCAUAAACAUCCUGACUUUUUUUUUUUGAGGAUGGUAUUACUUGAUAAAAUUAUUUGAUUUGAACGUUUUUCUCAAAAUUAUAUCUACCGUUAUAUAGUAGAUCAAAUAGAUCGUGACGCCCAUAGAAGCCUAAUACUCAUGGAAAUAUUUAGAGGACCCGAAAAAAAAUUAAUUAAACUUUUAUUUUGCGUUCCUCUAAAUUUGUCCAUGAGUGUAUAUCAGUGCUCUUUUGUUACCAUAAAAACAAACAUGUGUUGUGAUAUAUUUGGCCACUUUGGCGUUCACUAUCUGUUUGAUGCCGACUGUACAAGAUUCAAAAAGUGAUGUCAAUUGUAUUACGUUCGUCUCAAAUAAAAGUAAUAUUGUGCUCGUUUCGUUACAAGUUGUGUGAAAACCCAUGGUUUGGUGUAUAUAAUGGUGAUAUUAUUUAGAUUAAGUUUGAUGGUUUAAAAUGUGUUUAUGUAUGAAUUUGUAAAUUGUAUCGUAGUGGUAUGGUAGCUGUCAUUGACAUUCGUUUUUGGGUAAUUUAAAUAGAAUAAGCGCCAGUUUGUACUAUUCAUCCAGCGGGCCGAUUUUUGAGUUUUGUCCGCUGGAUUUCGUUUAUUUCGUUCAAUAAUAUCUCCAACUUUAGAUUCUACUAAUAGAAUUCCAAAUUUUUAUCGCUCGUAUUUUAAUUAGCAUUUCGCCGUUUUCCACAGACUUCGAAAUCGAGCGCUCGAAAUCCAAAUAUCGGCCCCCAGAGGCGUUCAUGUCCCUAAAUGAAAAUGUGGACAAAUCCUACGCAUAAUAGGUAAAUAAAUAUUUAACAACCGCUUUUAAAGUUUCAGUAGUGUGUAUUUCGCAACUGACAAUGUCUAUAGAUGCCGUAUUUGUUAUUAGUUUGUUUUUUACUUGUUACUAAAUUAUAAUUUAGGUAUUUAAAUUACUGUUGCAAUGUUAACUGUGCAUUUAAGAUAGUCGCGUAGGUUGAGCUACCCUUGGCUACAGCUUAAAGCUAAAUGUUUUGUCGUAUAUUAGAGCCACCAACCUAUAUAAUAAACAUAUAUAAUUAUAAAUGUCAAGGGUUUGUGUCUAUACUUCGUUUUUUUUAGCAUUAGAAAUUAGGUAAACAAUCUUGAUGUGUCUUUUAAUUGAAAAACACAUUUUAAAAAUAAGUUACAGCAAAUAUGUAACAAUUAUGAAUCUAAUACGAUCAUUUAUAUUCUUCUGCUUUCAUAAGUAAUAGUUUUAUAUUUUUAUAAAGCGUUUUUCAAUUAAAAGACAUGUCAAGAUCGCUUACAUUCUUGCAAGUUAUUUCUAAUGCUAAAAAAAACGAACUAUAGACAGAAAGGGUUCUUGUAGAAUAGGAUAUAAUCGGCAGUGAAUGUAUUAAUGUAACUACUAAUAGGUACCAUUAACACACUAUUUUAUUAUUGUACAAUAUUUAUUUUCAAAUAUAUAUUAUGACAGGGAUUGUAAAAUAAACUGUACAGAGAAGAGGAAGUGGCGAGAGUAUGUAUAGACCGAUAUAUUUUUUCUUAAAAUAAAUCAUUUAAUCAUUUCAUAAA